AUGGACACAAGCGAAUACGAUACUAAUACCUUAUUAAAUAAUAACAUCUCGUCAAUCGCUUUCCGAGUAUAUGAACCUUCUCUGGACCAGGCGCAAACCUUCCCUUCGGCAGCUGCUGAUGUAGAGACCCAACUACGGAGUCGCGGCCACAUCGUCUACUAUGAUACGGUAAAACGCGUCUUGUGGUAUUAUUCCAUUUCGAGCAAAGAUGCGGCCUCUUCCGACGAUAGCAACGAGAUCCUGGGCCAGACCGUCGAGGCAGCUGGUGCGACGUUGCUGAUGGUGGAGGAUGGGUCGUUCGAGCCGAUCAGCUUGUUCAAAGGCCGCGCGCCGGGCCAACAAGCUGCGAAUACACCUACAAGCUCGUCAUCAAGCGCUUCGGCUCUCGAUCUGUCGCUCCGGAAUCCACAGACGGCUGGCUCCGGGACGCCAAGUGCUUCCGAUCCCGAUUCGAAACCGGCCUCGGCCGGAGGAUCCGAUACGAAGGGUACAGGGUCCGUCUCCCUGAGCAUCGCCUACGAACAGUUCGUCACGGCGCUUUUAGCGACCGUUUCGGCAUCUUUCUGCAACCGCGUUGCCGCGAUCCCUCUAAACUACCGAACCGUUCUCUUGCCAUCCAAAGUAACCCGCGAAACACAAUCCGACCGAGCUCUCGAUGCCGAAGCUGCAGUUGUUGGGUCCUUCAGGGUCUAUUUGACAACCAAGGGCGCCCUGGUCAUGAGCCUCUCUUUAUCAUGUUGCGAAGGCAUGUUGUCGGUGAACGAACCGUCAAGUCCGGGUCAGAUUGUCCUAGGUUCGCAGAUCCUGGCAGCUCCCUUUGGUGUUUUGGCGAAUUAUCAAGGGUUCAUGGGCGGAGGCUUGUCAUAUCCAGAGCUUGGUUUAGGACAAACGCCAGAUACACAACUUUGGAGAAACGCAGAUGCGAAAUCCUCGCAAUGGAGAGACACAUGUAUCAAGAUUCUGCUGUCUCGUGGCCUCUCUCCCGCACUGCUUCAGUCUUGUCCCUGGAUCGCACUCCAGAUGAUCCGCCGCAAAACUGGUGACCAGAGCGGAAGGACAACGCCGUUUCCCUCGACUUUGGCAACAAUAUCUUGGCCGGCUGUUCUCUGUUUCCGGAAGAAGUCUGUUGUACUGGCGCGAAAUCAUGGUCUUGGGGAUGCUAUGCUCUUGGCCCAAGAGGAAACUACGGAUUUCCUCAGUGAAGCCCGAACCUGGUUCCAGAUGGGAGCUGAUAGGGACGACAAGGUUGUGAAGCGGAAGAAAGAGAGGGAGAUCGCUGCGACGAAAGAGGCAUCGGCGGUGGCCCCCCCACCACAACCCAACGGACAUUCUCCUCUGGGACUGAGACGUGCAAGCAACGCAGCUGCUGUGGGCACCAUGUAUCCGACUCCACCAGAUGCAGUCCAGAACCCUCUUGGUAUCACGCCUUCCAUUGAUGGCACAACCUCGAGUCCGGGAGCCCCGAAUGCGACAGUUGCGGUGGCUGAUAUAGACACUGCUAUGGCAGAUGUUACCGUUCCUGAAACUCAUAUGACGAAUAUGCCGAACAUCGGCCAGCAAACCGAACACUACGGGGAUGGGUGGACUUCGAACGACACCAAGCCAAGAGCGGACUCGUUUCUCGGAGGCGAUAACGACAAUCUGUUUGGAGAUAUUGGGCCAGAUAUGUUUGGAGACGCCGACAUAACCGAUGCCGACUUCAGCUUCUUCGAUGAGCAACCAGGCGAUGACUUGGACUUAUCAGGUCUGCCGGAUUUGGGCAUGCCAGACGCGUCUUUGGUGCCCUCCGUCAUAUCAGCUCCAGUGCCUGAGCCUGCGAAAAUAAAGGCUCCUCCGAUACAUGAGGCAAAACCUGAACCGACUCCUCCAAUAUUCACCAAACCCGAACUGAAACAUGCCAGAAGCACUUUGAUGGACGAAGGGAAGCAAAAAAUCAACACGGAAAGGCCAACAGGAAUCAAGAGAGAGUCGAGCCCGUUCGACCCAGACACCGUUUACAAGAGAGUGCGCGCCUCACUGGCAGACAUUCGAUCCACGCCUACCAGAACACCUUCUCGUAAAGGGAGUAUCUUCGACAGUGUGGACUUUGAUCCGGUUUUGCCUCUGGUGAACAAGAAAUAUGAGCAGGGUGGCCGUUUUGAUUGCAACCCGACUUCACGAGGAAUAUCACAAGAACCAGUCACGCAACCUAGUUUUCAAGGGCCACCUACCACCGACUAUCUGCGAAGACACGGAAAGCAAAAGAAGAUGCUGAAACACCCAGCAGAACAGAAGAACGCUGUCAUUCGCACAAUUACAGGCGGCCUUGAGAACGCAACUCUCAACACAAGUCCUGGAAAGGGGGACGAUUUAGCAUCCGACGCAGACGAUUUGAGCUUGGUUUCGGACCAGGACGAUUCUAGCUCGAGCACAGAUGAGCCAGCAUCUCCUUUCAAAUCAAGCAUGAAGAGGAUGAACUUUGACGAUGAUGUUGUUUCUCAUGUUACCUCCUUGAGGGACAUUGAAUCCGUCGAAGAUUCCGACCCGACUUUAGCCUUGGACCUUCCAAAGCUAGCCAUUGUCGAGGCUAAAGAGGUAUCGGUGACGAGGUACUUUGAGGACGCCGAGUCGCUUCCAAUACACCUCUCAAUUACGGACGAGGACAUGAUCACGAUCGCUCAGAUUGUAACAGAGCAGGCGGUGACCGGUAAUCUGAAAGUGCGUGAUUCACAAUCCAACACUCUGAAUACGGCCAUUGUAUCAGAAACGCGCCGUCAGUUGUCCUCGUUGGGCAGAACUGCCUUGCAGACUCUGCGGGAGGUUGUACCUGCUUGUCUUGGGGAGUUCAGCACUUGCAACUUCAAAGGCGUUGUUGAGGUUCCUGACGUCCCUCUGCUUGGGCAGCCAAAUAGACUGAACCCAAGACCGGUUCCGCCGAGAGACGCGAAUGCAGAACCGCCCAAGCCCAAUAAUCUUUUCCAAAUUCCGGCGCCGCAUAUGGAGCUUCGUCGAGCCGAAGCCAGACUCUCAGUCCUUCCGUCAAGCGUUCAGUUCUGGGAAAGCUUGGGGCUCGGCCCAGCUCAAGGCACGAAAGAUGUUAACGCAGUCUGCGUGUUUCCCAAUUGGGACGGCAUGACUGAUGUUGCCGCCGCCUUCUUGGAUCGGAUGCGGAACGUUUACGAGUUGCUCAAGUUGGGCUCUUUCGAGCGUCUUCCUCCUAGCUCAAAGGUAGCCGACGGGCUUAUGCCAUUCGAAGCGGACAAGAUUGCCACAUCACCGGGCACUGUAAGCCCUCACAUUGGGGGAGGCCUAGGCGAUCGCAUGGAAGCUCUUUGCCAGGGACUAUUGUCAACGAACGUCACGGCGAAGAAUUUCGUGGUGUACUUUGUGUACGCGCCAGACCAUCCCGGGUCCAUCGUGGAGGAAUGCACGGCCUUCCAACAACUAUUUGAGAUGUAUAAGAGGUCCCUGACCAACCAGAGACAAGUUCCAGUCAAUGAGCUUGUUCUGCAACUGGUUCCCCUCGACUUCUUGACCUCGUCGGCGGGUAUCGUUGAGCCCACGCCGAGCGACACGAUCAAACUCGCAUUGGAGACGUAUGACCGAUGCACCUUGUUUGGCGGGCCGAUGCCGUCGCCUGCCAUCAUGUUGGAGCAGUCGUUACCUAGGGGCAUCGACUUCAAGCUCACAAACACAUCGUCCUCAUCUCUCAUGCACGAAAAUAGUUGUAUCCAUAUUGCUUAUGCGCAGAGCAUCGACGAGAGAUGGAUUACUGCAGCAUGGACCGACAACAGAGGAUGUCAACAAAUGACAGUAUCCUACAGCCUUGGACGUAAGGGCAAACCUCUAUCGACCUCUCUGAAUGACGUAUAUCACGAGAUUUGGGAGACGACUCACGACCUGAUCUCUAAGUGGAAGGUUCACUGGCGGGUCAUCAUCACCAAGUGCGGUGCCAUGGAUCAGCAGGAAAUCGGGUUCUGGCAAGGGCUUGCGCAAACGGAGUCGGUGGCGACGGUGAGCUUGACACUGAUAUCGGUGGAUACCAGCCCGUCUCUCCAGUUGAUUCCUCCGGCGAUCAGAGUUCCAACAACUGCUCCGUCGGCAUUCUACACGACGCCCGUCUCGACACCGCAGGCGUCCAUUCUCUCACCUGAGCAGAGUGGAACUCCGGUUACGCCUAUGAAGGAAACCUAUCCUGUCAAUGCCGCCACACCUGGAGGAACACCUGGCGACGGCAACGCGGAACCCGCCGAAGGAGAUGCCAUCCUCCUCGAUGUAAUGGACCAAACUUGGGGUGCAGUGCUUGCCCACAGGCUCAGCAACUCGGCUACCUUGGGGGAUAUAAAUCCUGCUCUGAUCAGUGGCUACCUCGUCAAACGCGGAGGACCGAAACUUGAAGACCCGCCAGUGGUCAUGGAAGUCAACAUCGUGCACGUGGAAAGCAACCCGCGGCUAUACGAGUCUCUCAUGCGGGAGAUGCUCACUUACUUCAGGGGCCUUGGGACUCUGGCUCGAGCCAGGGGCAUUGUAGAUAGGGGGACGGACAUACGACCUUGGCACAUCGCAGCAGCGGAGAAGGGCGUCAGGGCAUUAUACCUUUUGAUGUGA